AUGUUCUUUGAUAUUUAGAAAGUGAUUGAUAUUGAAAAGCCAGCAUCAGUAUCCUAGGAGCACGAAUUCGUGUGGAGAUUACCGUUGUAAUUUGAUACAAAAAUUCAUAGCAGUUAUGUGAAGAAUUUUGAAAAAAGAUUAGAUAUUGAGGCUAGUGUUGGCCACCAUUAUGAAAUAAAUUUUCCAUUCCACUACAGGUAUUAGCCUAUUAAGUCGAAAUAAAAUCAUACCUAAGUAGUAUGGACACAGCCUGAAGUAUUCUUUGAUUGCAAAAAAAGAAAUUUAAGUGAGUAUAUGAUUAAUGGAAAGAGACAUAAAGUCUUACCAGAUCUUAUCGAGGAUGGAAUGGCAUCUGCUAAUUUCAAAGAAAGCAUUCCUAAUGGUAAACUUGAAGACAGAGAAUUGAAUACACAGAUGACCUUAGCAGUUAGUUUUGUAGGAUUUUUACUGCUUUUGAAAAACCUCUACUCUAAGUCAAAGCAAAACAUUUUAUGA